CGCCGUCGACCGCGGUGCGCCGCCCGCCCGCCCUUUGCCGGCGCGGGGCCGCCCGGCACGGCUCCAGGCGGACCAUGCGCCCGCCGCGCCCGCUGCCGGCCCUCCGGCUCUGCCUGCUGGCGGGCGCCCUCGCCUGCGCCCUCCGCCCCGCGAGCGUCUGGGCCUGGGCCUCCAAGCAGGAGCUGUGUGACUUCGUGCAAAUGAUCGAGGCGGAGCGCAGGCAGUGCCUGGAGGAGGACCCGCUGGAGAAUGAAACAGCAGGCUGCAGCAAGAUGUGGGACAACAUCACCUGCUGGCCAGCCACCCCUCGGGGCCAGGUGGUCGUCCUGGCCUGUCCCCUCAUCUACAACUUAAUCCACCCUCUUCAAGGCCACAACGUGAGCCGCAGCUGUACGGACGAGGGCUGGACCGAAAUGGAGCCUGGCCCCUACGACAUUGCCUGUGGCGUGGCUGGCAAAGAACCAGAUUUCGACGAGAGGUUCUACAUUUCCAUGAAGACCGGCUACACCAUCGGCUACGGCCUGUCCCUCACCACCCUUCUGGUCGCCAUGGCCAUCUUGAGCCUGUUCAGGAAGCUCCACUGCACACGGAACUACAUCCACAUGCACCUCUUCAUGUCCUUCAUCCUGAGGGCAGCCUCCGUCUUCAUCAAGGACCUGGUCCUUUUCGACAGCAGCGAGUCAGACGACUGCUCCGAGGCCUCAAUGGUGGGCUGUAAGGCCGCGGUGGUCUUAUUCCAGUACUGUGUCAUGGCCAACUUCUUCUGGCUGCUGGUGGAGGGCCUGUACCUGCACACCCUGCUUGUAGUCUCCUUCUUCUCCGAGCGGAAGUACUUCUGGGGGUACAUACUCAUCGGCUGGGGGGUGCCCGGCACCUUCACCAUGCUGUGGACCAUCACCAAGAUCCAUUUUGAGGAUUAUGGGUGCUGGGACACCAUCAGUACCUCACAGUUGUGGUGGAUCCUAAAGGCCCCCAUCCUCACCUCCAUCUUGGUGAACUUCAUCCUAUUUAUUCGCAUCAUCCGCAUCCUGGUUCAGAAACUGCAGCCCCCAAACGUCGGGAAGAGUGACAAUAGCACGUACUCGAGGCUGGCCAAGUCCACGCUCCUGCUGAUCCCCCUGUUCGGAAUGCACUACACCGUGUUUGCCUUCUUCCCCGAGAACUUCGAGCCUGAAGUGAAACUGGCCUUUGAGCUCGUCGUGGGGUCUUUCCAGGGCUUUGUGGUGGCUGUCCUCUACUGCUUUCUCAAUGGCGAGGUGCAGGCAGAGCUGCGGCGGAAGUGGCGGCGCUGGAACCUACAGGGCAUCUUGGGCCUGGGCCCCAAGUACCAGCACCCACCCGGAGGCAGCAACGGGGCGACCUGCAGCACCCAGGUCUCCUUGCUGACCCGCGUCAGCCCGGGGGCGCGCCGCUCCUCCAGCUUCCAGGCCGAAGACUCCCUGGUCUGACCGCCAGGCGCCCAGGGGCGCAGGGAGGCUCCACCUGCCCGCACCCACCCGCCCUCCGGGGCCACACCGGGGACAGAGGCCUACUGGGGCGAGUGGCCCCAGCCCUGGGCUCGGAGGCUGUCCUGGCCCCCAGGCCACUGCCCAGAAGCCCUGGAGAACGCUGCUGUAGCGCCUGCCUGGGGAGAGGGGGAUGCUUCUAAGCAAGCCGGAGCCCUGAGAGGUGCACCCUGGAAGACGUGGGGUGGAGCUCACUCACCAGACUCCUCCCCCAAAGGCUCUCUGCCAAUCAGUGGAAGGAAAUUUGCAUACUCAAGUGACUCCAUCCCCUGGAGACCUAUCCUGGAAGGCAACCACCCACCCCCAGACAAUGCAGUGGGAACAUGGUUGAGGAAGGCCUUGCACUCCCCCAUCCCCAAAGGUCACCCGACACCACCACCUCAUCAGUGCCUGAAGUUCCAACCUUGCUGUCAGCUUCCUUUGGGUUAAGUAUCACCAUUCAGGCAUCUCUCUGCGGAUGCGGUCCCUUCCCCCAGUGCCCUCUUAGCUGCCAGGUCCUCGAGGUAAACGAUGCAGUUGUGACAUGGAGUUCUAGUUUGGGGAGCACAGCUAUGUUCAGAGUCUCUGCUGAAGUGGGGUGGUCCGAGGAUGAUGGGAACGAUUCGAGGGGACUGUCACCAACCGUACCCAUCCCUGUGGUUGUGGGAGCUGCCCUCAGCUGCCUACCGACGAUGAGCCAACUGUGAGAACUAGGCUCAGAGAUGUGCACUCAUGGGUCCCUUACUCCUCACAUCAACCCAGCAAGGUGGGAAUGACCGUCCCUGUUUCACAGACCAGGAAGCUGAGCCUCCCAGAGCAGGUGGCUGGCCUUGUCACACAGCAGGAUUUGAACUCGGAUCUGGCUGACAGGAAAGUGAAAGCACAGCCUUCUUACUGCUGCCUUUUAUAUCUUAUAACAUGCUGGAUCCUCUUGUUAUUUGUUUCACCGCUCCUUGUUAUGGCCACCGUCCCUGGAACCCCAACCCCAUCCCACCUGGCCCUCCCUGGCGUGUGGCCGAGGCGUCCUCUGGCCCAUGUGUCCUCUACACAACAGCCUGGUGGUCAUGGCAUCGUGAGUCUGCUCUGCACCUCUGUGGUCCUGUGGCUUCCUGCCCACACCGCAGCCGGAAGACCCUCAUUCGUGCAAUAAUAAAUGUUGUGUUGG